AUGGGGUAAUGUCAGUGUCAGUGCGUCAGUAUCUCAAAAAAGAACGAAGAAAAGUUGAUACAAAUGUUGUGUUUUACACAAUUAACAGUUUAAUUAUUUAUUUACUGUGCUGUGAGUUAUUUUAAUUUAGGAAAAAUGUCCGCUGAACGAGAGAUACCAGCCGAAGACAGUAUUAAAGUAGUGUGUAGAUUUCGACCCCUAAACGAUUCGGAAGAAAAAGCUGGAUCGAAAUUUGUUGUGAAAUUUCCAUCCGGAGGGGAAGAUAAUUGUAUUUCGAUAGGGGGUAAAGUUUACCUUUUUGACAAAGUAUUUAAGCCCAAUGCAACUCAAGAAAAGGUCUACAAUGAAGCAGCUAAGAGUAUUGUGUCUGACGUGCUGGCUGGUUACAAUGGUACCAUUUUUGCUUAUGGUCAAACUUCCUCCGGUAAAACGCAUACUAUGGAAGGGGUAAUAGGGGAUCCACACAAGCAGGGCAUCAUCCCACGUAUAGUGAACGAUAUUUUUAAUCAUAUUUAUGCAAUGGAAGAGAACUUAGAAUUUCAUAUCAAAGUCUCAUACUUUGAAAUUUACAUGGACAAAAUCAGAGAUUUGCUUGAUGUUUCGAAGGUGAACUUGAGCGUACACGAAGAUAAAAAUAGGGUGCCUUACGUGAAAGGAGCAACGGAGAGAUUCGUGUCGAGUCCCGAAGAAGUGUUCGAAUCCAUUGAGGAAGGGAAAUCGAAUAGGCACAUAGCGGUAACAAACAUGAACGAGCACUCGUCGAGGUCGCAUUCAGUGUUCCUCAUCAAUGUUAAACAAGAAAAUUUGGAAAACCAAAAGAAACUGUCGGGAAAACUCUACCUCGUCGAUUUGGCCGGCUCAGAAAAAGUUUCUAAAACCGGUGCCGAAGGUACCGUGCUAGACGAGGCGAAAAACAUUAACAAGUCCCUGUCGGCUCUCGGCAACGUGAUCAGUGCCCUGGCCGACGGAAACAAGACCCACAUCCCCUACAGGGAUUCGAAAUUAACGCGGAUCCUUCAGGAGUCCCUUGGAGGAAACGCCCGCACGACCAUCGUGAUUUGUUGCUCUCCCGCCAGUUUUAAUGAAUCCGAGACCAAAUCCACUUUGGAAUUCGGCAAAAGGGCCAAGACGGUGAAGAACGUUGUCACCGUCAAUGAGGAAUUGACCGCAGAAGAAUGGAAGAGGAGGUACGAGAAGGAAAAAGAAAAGGUCGCUCGUCUCAAGGGCAAAGUCGAAAAGUUGGAAGAAGAAUUGAACAGGUGGAGGGCCGGAGAGACGGUCAAGGCCGAAGAACAAGUCAACCUGAACGAUAUCAACGAGGUGGUUACUCCGGUGUCGGGCUUGGAGGAAAGUGUGGUGGAACCGACUGGACCCAUGCCCGCCACCCCCGCUUUGAUGAUCGGCUCGACUUUAGGAAUUGAAGAAAGACAGAAACUGGAACUUGAAAGGGAGCGACUUUACCAGCAGUUGGACGAAAAAGACGAAGAAAUUAACCAGCAGAGCCAAUAUGUCGAGAAGCUCAAGGAGCAGAUGUUGGAACAGGACGAGCUUAUCGCGAGCACUCGUAGAGAUUAUGAGGCGCUGCAGAGUGAGAUGAAUAGAAUACAGCAAGAAAACGAGAGCGCCAAGGAGGAGGUUAAAGAGGUACUUCAAGCUCUGGAAGAGUUGGCGGUUAAUUACGAUCAGAAAUCUCAAGAGGUUGACGCGAAAAACAAAGAAAUGGAAUCUUUGUCUGAGGAGGUGAUGGUAAAACAGACGUUGCUGAACAACACCACGGCGGAAUUGCAGCAGACGCGAGAUUUGAGUAACCACCAAAAGAAGAGGAUUGCCGAAAUGUUGACCAACCUGCUGAAGGAAUUGGGAGAAAUAGGUACUAUUUUGGGCAGCGAAGGAAGCGAACUAAAAAUAUCCAAUGACUCGGGUAAACUGGAGGAAGAAUUCACCGUCGCCCGUCUUUACAUUUCUCGUAUGAAAAGCGAGGUGACCAACCUGACGCAGCGAUUGCAGGACAUCGAAUGCAAAGAGCAGGACAGCAACAAAAAGGUGACAGAGUACGAGAAAGAGUUGGCGGAAUGCAAGUUGCUGAUCUCGCAGCACGAAGCGAGAAUGAAGAGUCUGCAGGAGUCAAUGCGCGAGGCCGAAAACAAGAAGCGGAUGUUGGAGGAGAGCAUCGACGCUUUAAGGGAGGAGUGCGCGAAACUCAAGGCUGCCGAACAGGUGUCGGGUGCGAGUGAGAGCGAGAAAAAAGAAGCGAACGACCUGCGUAUGGCGCUCGAACAGCAAAUGGACCAGCUCAGAGUUGCCCAUCAAAAACAAGUCGCCGCGUUGCGCGACGAAAUUGCCGAGAAACAACAGCUGAUCAACGACAUUAAGGACACAAAUCAGAAAUUGACCCUGGCUCAACAGCAACUUCAGAGCGACUACGAGAAGAUCAAGUCAGAGGAAACAGACAAGUCUCACAAGCUGCAGGAAUUAAUAGCUACGAACGAAAGAAGAGAGCAAGCUCGAAAAGACCUCAAAGGAUUGGAGGAUACUGUCGCCAAGGAAUUGCAAACCCUGCAUAACCUCAGAAAGCUGUUCGUCCAGGAUUUACAGGCCCGCAUGAAAAAAAAUAUGUUGUCCGAGGACAACGAAGAAGAUGGCGGUUCUCUCGCCCAGAAACAAAAGAUAUCGUUCCUCGAGAAUAACUUGGAUCAGUUGACUAAAGUGCACAAACAGCUCGUUAGAGAUAACGCAGAUUUGCGUUGCGAACUUCCGAAAUUAGAGAAGAGACUCCGCGUGACGAUGGAGAGGGUGAAAGCCCUGGAGACCGCGUUGAGGGAGGCCAAGGAGGGGGCCAUGCGGGACCGAAAGAGGUACCAAUAUGAGGUGGAUCGAAUUAAGGAAGCAGUGAGACAGAAAAAUCUGGCAAGGCGUGGACCCGCAGCGACCAUCGCCAAGCCAAUCAGAUCCGGACAACAUCACGCUAUCAUUGGCGGGGUCAUAAAACCUGGCGGCCUGACGUCCAUUCCGAUCGACGAUGCUCAGAAACGCAAGUCCAUCAUCGUUGGGGGUAAAGAUUGAACGCGAUACGUCACACCGCAAUAGGUCAACGCCAGGGGGUGCUGUAAUCCUUAUAUAGAAUACAAUACGCAAAUACAAUACCAAAAAUAUUGCUGUAAACAUCCAUAUCCCAGUACGUGGUGAUGUCAAAAAAAUAUCACCACAAACCAGUUCUAUGCUUACCGCUUAUUUAAUUUUAGACUUAAGAUGCACAUAUUUGAGAUUAAUGCCCAAAACAUUUCCUGCGGCUUUUUAUACUGGAAAUCUCGUCGCCCGGACCUCUAAAUAUAAUUUAACGCAGGUCGUACUUAUAACUUGUGAAAUUAUAUAUAGAGUUUUUUCUGACUACGGCUAGUAAUAAAAUUAUUUUUAUCGGUGUAUGUUUAGCAAUUUUAAGACACCUAGAGUUGUGUAUUAAAAACUAGUUGCUUUAACUGUUGACUAAACCACGUAAUUUAUUGCUUCGAUAUAUCUCUAAUUUAAAAAAAAAAAACUAGAAAACGUUCCCUUCCCGUUUGGAGUGUACAGAAAAGAGUAAGUUCAGUGCGAUAAAUUAAAUUAUUUCCUAUUGUUCUGUAUAGUUGUAUUUUUUGUAUUAUUGUUUUUUUUUUGGUGUUUUUUUUUUCAUUGUUUCCGCAUAUUCGAUUUUUAUACACGUAGUUUUAUCGUUUGGAGUGCUGGCUUGUCUGGAUGCAAGUUCGAAGCUACUCUAGGAAACGAAUUGAGAGAUCAAGCAAAACGACUAUUUAGUUUAAAUUGCAGAUUUUAUAAAAUUAAUAAUAUGAGAUCAAUUUUUUGUAUGUACAGGGUAACAGCAAAAUAUAUGAAUUAGAUAACUAAAUGAAAUUGUAUGUAUAUCCGCACUGUCGUGAAAUAUCUUGCUAAAUUUAUAGCUUCGUCUAUUGGGUUUUAACGUUCGUACGAUACAAUUGCCCUAUCCUUACAAUAGUUUUUCAUGAUGUAACAGCAAAUAAUUAAAUAUUUUAAAAUUAA